CUCUCCCUCUCUUUCUCGCCGGAAACCUCUCUCCGACUUCGAUUGCCGCCAAAUUUGUACCAAAUCAAAAUCGAAGAUGGCGAGAGGAGGCAACAACAAACUCAUGAAGCUGAAAUCAGUCCUGAAGAAGCUCAACUCCUUCAACACCGCCAAAAACCACCGCCACCACCAGCCUCCGCCGCCGGAGACGCCGCAGAGCCACGGUGGCCGAUUCUCCGUCACGCGCGCAAGCACCGAAGACUUCAUCUCUGGCGACGAUCUCCACGCCGUGUACGUCGGGAGCACGCGCCGCCGCUACCUCGUGAGCUCCGGCGUCGUCAGCCACUCUCUCUUCCGGCAGCUUUCGGAAAUAUCCGACGGUGGAGAAAUCACGGUGCCGUGCGAGGUCGUCUUGUUCGAGCAUUUGCUUUGGAUGAUGGAGAACGCUGACGAGUCACAUCCCGAGUCGCUCCACGAACUCGUUGAGUUCUACGCCUGUUAAUUAAUUUAUUGGCAAUAUAUAAUAUACGAUUUAAUUUAGGUGCUGGGUUCAUAAUUAUAUAUAAUGCUUGGUUUGUAUAUUUAUACUGUUUUACAUUCGUAAAAUUUAUACGGAGACCGGUUUGAGGU